AUGAAUAAGAAAAGAAUAUUAAAGUAUGCUUCGGAUAUACAUUUGGAGAUGUCCAGCGAUACGGAACAUAGACCUCAUGUGGCUGCACUGUAUAACUUUACACCAAAGCCAGAUCAUAGAUACUUCUUGGCAUUGUGCGGUGAUAUAGGGUCAAUGCAUACACCAGCACUUUGUAGCUUCCUGUGGAAGGUGUCACAACGUUAUGAACACGUAUUCCUGAUCGCUGGCAAUCACGAGUUCUACAAUCCACCACGACACGAUAUAAAGACAAUGGCACAAGUCAAGCAUGAGAUCACUGAGCGAUGCAAACAGUUGCCCAACGUCCACUUCAUGGACGACACAGUGUUCAUGCUGGACGAAUACAAGAUCAUCGGGUCCACACUCUGGUCAUUCGUGCCAGAGAAGCAGGUCAAUGUCGUGCAGGCACAGUUGAACGACUACCACAUGAUCUACGUGGAGGACGAGCGCACCCCUGGCGCCAAGCGACUGGCCACAGUCAAGGACACAAACAUCCUGCACGAGCGAGCAGUGGCGUUCAUCAAGAAAGAGGUGGCAGGCGCCUCGAACUGUCUGCUGCUCACACAUCACGCGCCACUAUUCAGCAUACCAGAGCAGAACAAGCAUCUCUGCGAUCCAAUGUACCUCAACAGCCCAAUCAAUGUGGCAUUCCACACCGACCUCGACCACCUUGUGCGGCCACCCGUCCUCCUAUGGAUCUUUGGUCACACUCACUAUACAUCAAAGUUCAUCCACAAUGGAGUAGUCGUCGCUUCAAACCAAGUUGGCUACGACAUGCGACCACGAGACUACAGCAUUACCGAAGAGAUAGAGUUAGGAUUUGCCAAGCAA